AUGACGCAAGUCCCAGCGUCUGGAAGUUGGUCCAAAAGCGGUAUCCUGGUCGUAGAAGGUCCAGAAUGUCCUACAAAGGAGAAGGCUGAUAAUCUGUGUCAUCUCCGUUGUGGUCUCGCAGAUGAAUUUGCCCCAACCUCUGGCCACAGAGUCUGUAGCCUCCACUUCGAAGGAGCCAAAAAGACUUACAUGAAUGACACGCCAACGAUUUUUCCCCUGAAGCCCUCAGACGCUACCACUGCCAGACCUACAAGGUUGCGAAAGGUGCAGCCAGACAAAUCGGAGGAUCAGCUUACUGCAGGGAGAGAGGAGCAAGAAAUGAGCACCAAGGAAGUCCCUCCGCAGUUCACACAGUCACCACUGCCAGUUGAUGACUUGGACUCUGGGUUGAGUGACAGUGCUGCCAGGAACAACGAUCAUACCUAUGGGCUACCAGCAGAAGCAAAGGACGACCCCACCAAAGUGCUCAAGCAACAGAAAUGCACAAUUGAGUGCCUCACAGAAAGAGAAAAGGAACUGGAGGACCGCGUGAAAGCCCAGGAGGAAGAAGUGGCAAAAGUGCAGCUUGAAUGUUAA